GCCUGGAGCCUUUGCGUGCCCGGAACCCACGAGUUGGGGCUCCCCAGCCACACCCCUCGUAGGAUUUAAAGGGGAAGGUGGGGCCGGACGGGCCGAAGCCCGAGCCGAGGGAGCGGGCAUGAGGCGCUGCCCGUGCCGGGGGAGCCUGAGCGAGGCGGAGGCCGGCGCAUUGCCCGCCGGGGCCCGCAUGGGGUUGGAGGCGCUGCGCGGCGGGCGGCGGCGACAACCGGGACUGCAGCGACCUGGGCCCGGAGCGGGUGGCCCGACGGGACGGCCAGUGGGGGGCGGGCCUCAGGCCUGGACUGAGGGGUCCAGCCUGUACUCUGAGGCGGAGAGGACCGACUUCAGGCCUGCGCGGUGUCCGGACAGUCCGCAGGCAGAAUCCUGUGGAGACCGACACGCGGUGUGUGAAGCAGCUGGCCUAGGAGCAGAGUCAGAGAAGCCCAUCCAACAUAAGGAGCUAGACGGGUCCAGCCUCCAGACGCAUCCAGAAAGGAACAGCCCCUGGGCAGAGAUGGAGAUGGCCGGUUCCUGGACAGAUGGCUUUCGAAUUGAUCCUCAUAGAUCCGAUCUCCAGUCUCAACCAAAGAGAGGCAGCCUCUGUACCCAACCAGGGUUUGAUGAGUCCUGGACCGGACUGGAAAGACUCGAGCGGUGGCAGACUCUGCCAGAGAGGGAUAAGCCCUGGGUUGAUCACCUCCGGACCCAUCAUAGCACGUCCAAACUCCAAACUCACUCAGACGGAGUCUGCCCCUCACCUGAACCAAGGUCUGAUGGCCACUGCAAAGAAUCAUCCUCGGUUGGUUCCAGUACACCACAUGACCCCGACGGCUCCUGGACAGAAUCCCAAACUCAUGGCUCCCUUAUACGACAGAGUACUCAGACAGCCUGGAAACAACCUGGAAGGGAUGAUUUUUCAACACAAGAAACUGAUGGAGCCUGGAUUCAAUCUGGCAUUGAUGGUACCUGGGCUGACAGCGUUUUGGGGGAGUCCAAUGGAGGUGAUCUAUUAGAGGAACCAGAGCCGGGGGAGUUGGUGGCUAACUUGUGCUCCCGCCUGGAAUGCAGCUCCCUGUGUCCUGUACCCCGCCUUAUCAUCACCCCUGAGACUCCUGAGCCUGAGGCCCAACCGGUGGGACCCUCAUCCCGGAUUGAGGGGGGCACUGGCGGCUUCUCCUCUGCCUCCUCUUUUGAUGAAUCUGAGGAUGACUUGGUGGCUGGGGGCGGAGGUACCAGCGAUCCGGAGGACAGAUCUGGAAGCAAACCCUGGAAGAAGCUGAAGACGGUUCUGAAGUACUCGCCCUUCAUGGUCUCCUUCCAUAAGCACUACUACCCCUGGGUCCAGCUUUCCGGACAUGCUGGGAACUUCCAGGCUGGUGAGGAUGGUCGGAUUCUGAAACGUUUCUGUCAGUGUGAGCAGCGCAGCCUGGAACAGCUGAUGGGAGACCCCUUGCGGCCUUUUGUGCCUGCUUAUUAUGGCAUGGUGCAUCGGGAUGGACAGGCCUUCAAUCAGAUGGAAGAUCUCCUGGCAGACUUUGAGGGCCCCUCUAUCAUGGACUGCAAGAUGGGCAGCAGGACCUACCUGGAAGAGGAGCUGGUGAAGGCACGAGAGCGGCCCAGGCCCCGGAAAGAUAUGUAUGAGAAGAUGGUGGCAGUGGACCCUGCGGCCCCCACUCCUGAGGAGCAUGCUCAGGGUGCAGUCACCAAGCCCCGAUAUAUGCAGUGGAGGGAGACCCUGAGCUCAACUUCCACCCUCGGCUUCCGGAUAGAAGGUGUCAAGAAGGCCGAUGGGACCUGCAACACCAACUUCAAGAAGACACAAGCACUGGAGCAGGUGACGAAGGUGCUGGAAGACUUUGUAGACGGAGACCUUGGGCUCCUGAGAAAGUACGUGGCGCGACUGGAGGACCUCCGCGAGGCUCUGGAGAACUCUCCCUUCUUCAAGACCCACGAGGUGGUGGGCAGCUCCCUUCUCUUUGUGCACGACCACACCGGCCUGGCCAAGGUCUGGAUGAUUGACUUCGGCAAGACAGUGACCCUGCCUGACCACCAAACGCUCAGUCACAGGCUGCCCUGGGCCGAGGGCAACCGUGAGGAUGGCUACCUCUGGGGUUUGGACAACUUGAUCCACCUCCUUCAGGGGCUGGCCCAGAGCUGAUCUCAUCUGCUGCUGCUAGGCUCACUUGCAAGAUAGCAUGUGUCUGGCUGGAGGAGCCCUAAGAUGUUGCUGGGCUUGAGGCUGCUGAUGGAAGACGAGCUACUUCAAGGUGUCACCAGAUCAGUGUGGUCUCAGGAGCUUUGGGGGACCUGGAAACACUGGGCUCCCUUACAAAUGGGGAACAGGACAGGUAGAGGCAUAGUUAGCAGAACAUGCAUGGGGUAUCCUGAUCAGCUAGGAGCUUCCAGGGGAGUACCAGGGGCCAUAGCUAGAUCCGCGAACCCUCCCUGAGCUGGCUGAGCGCGGAGCCUCAGCAAGUUAGCUUCUGCUCCCCAGAGGAUUGGGCAUAUUUGUGAAGACCUGCAGGAGCUACUUCCACCUAGGGCAGUGACAGCCUCACCUGGAUGUCAUUCAAGUGCUGAGAGGAGGGUGCUGCCCUAGGCCUGAUGCUAUAGUGUGGGAACACAGCUUAUCCCCCUCUGUGCUGAGGCCUGGAAGGAUCCCUUGUUUCUCUGUGGACUCUUCAUGCUGUUGCAGAGCCAGACCACAGCCACAUCCACCUGUGCCAGCACUGUGACCGUCUUCCUUCCUUGGUGCACUAGCUCUGGCCUCAGGGCCUCUUCCUUCUGCCCUAGACCAUGGGGCUCUCCAGUGAGGCAGGGGAGGAGGUUUCUCCUUGCUUCACUGUAAGUGUCCCUACCCACACACACAAUGAACUGCCAGGUUGCCCAGAAGCACGAGUGGGCUUCUGGCCCUCGCCACGGGCUACCUGGUUCUAACCAAAGACUGUACAACUCUGUGCUACAGCACCUCUCCAGAACCUUGGCUUCCUGGCCCACACAGAUGGGCUUGGUGAGGACAGGAACCUACCUCUUCCCUAAGCCCUAACGUCUUCCAGGGCCAACAUGUCUUCCUUUUUCUACUGACUGACUUUAUAUAUAUUUAUAAACGAGAUAGUUAGCUGGGGGUGGUGUCAGUGAAUCCAGGCAAAAUGACUUUAUUGGGCCUCCCGCCCACAAUGGCAUCCCAAUAA